GGCCGGCCAAUCGCGGCGAGGCGGGCGGUGAAGGAGGAGGAGGAGGAGGGCGGCAAGAUGGCGGUGGUGGCGCCGCUGCUGGCGCUGCUGUACUCGGUGCCGGGGCUGUGCCGCUGGCUGGCCCGGCCCUACUACCCGCUGUCCGCGCUGCUCGCCACCGCCUUCCUCAUCGUCCGCAAGCUGCCGCCGCUCUGCCGCGGGCUGCCCUCGCAGCGGGAGGACGGCAACCCCUGCGACUUCGACUGGCGGGAGGUGGAGAUCCUCAUGUUCCUCAGCGCCAUCGUCAUGAUGAAGAACCGACGCUCCAUCACGGUGGAGCAGCACAUCGGGAACAUCUUCAUGUUCAGCAAAGUGGCCAACGCCAUCCUCUUCUUCCGCCUGGACAUCCGCAUGGGGCUGCUCUACCUCACGCUCUGCAUAGUCUUCCUGAUGACCUGCAAGCCACCGCUCUACAUGGGCCCCGAGUACAUCAAGUACUUCAGCGACAAGACCAUAGACGAGGAGCUGGAGCGGGACAAGCGGGUGACCUGGAUCGUCGAGUUCUUCGCCAACUGGUCCAGCGAGUGCCAGUCCUUCGCCCCCAUCUUCGCCGACCUCUCUCUCAAGUACAACUGCUCGGGGCUGCACUUCGGGAAGGUCGACGUGGGCCGCUACACGGAUGUCAGCACCAGGUACAAGGUGAGCACCUCGCCCCUCACCAAGCAGCUGCCCACCCUCAUCCUGUUCCAGGGCGGCACAGAAGUCAUGCGGCGCCCGCAGAUCGACAAGAAGGGCCGGGCCGUGUCCUGGACCUUCUCGGAGGAGAACGUGAUCCGCGAGUUCAACCUGAACGAGCUGUACCAGAAGGCCAAGAAGCAGAGCAAGCCGCGCGACGAGGGCAGCGAGGAGGCUCCCGAGGGGGCAGCGGCCGCGGGGCUGCCCAACGGGGAGAGCAAGAAGGACAAAUAGAAGCCCCUGUCACCCCCUGUCCCCCCUCUGUCCCCCUCUGUCCCCCCCCUGUCCCCGCACCCGUGGCCCCCCCGUGCCGGUUCGGGCAAUAAAGCUGCGGGGGGCGGGGCUUGAAGGGA